GAGCGGGGCUGCCCAGCGGAUUGGGCUUGGAGCUCGGGGUAGGUGCACUUCGCCCCGCUGAGAGUGGAUGCCCGACCUGCAGGCGGAGGGAGGCCGGAGCACUUUAAGAGGCAAGCUCUUCUCAGGGGCGGAGUCGCUGCCUGAGGGAUGCUGCGGCGCCCGUCUCCCUCCCCAACCCUCCCUCGGGCCAAGUGAGAGGCCAGCCACCCCUCCCGUCUGCCGUCCGGUCCCCCCCCUCCCCCGUGUCUCUCCUACCCGGACUCCAGCUCCCCUGCUGGUGCUCCCCGGCCCCCUUCUCCCUAUCUAACCCUCUCCUCCCCCUCCCUGUCUCUCGCUCGCUCUCUCCUCCUCCGCGGCUCCAGGCUUCUUGUCUCCUCCCUGCAGGCUCUGCCAGCAGCCCGGGAGCGGCCGCCUGGGGGCUCUUGGGGAGCUCAGUCCUCCCCCCCCCCCCCCCCCCCGCCUCCUUGCCUGCCAGCCUGCCAUUUGUUUCCGGGAGAGAGGGGGAAGGGAGGGGGCCGGGACUGCAUCACUUCGCCCCGGCUGCUGCUGCAGGGCCAGAGGAGCAGGUGGACAGCGAGCCGAGAAGAGGAAGGGCGGGCGGGCGGGCGGACUGACAGAUCGGCAGGCCGGCGCGCUGGCGGCGGCGUCCGCGUGCGGACACCGCAGUGACGCUGCCCGGGAGGGAUGGCUGCGGCCCGGCGCCCCUGAAUAGAGCAGGCAGCCGCACCCUCGUCCCGCACCUCCGCCGCCCGGCUGCGGACCCGCGCGGAUGAAUGGGGCGGCCGCUGCGGCCCUUGGGGAAUCGGCCUCCUCUCCUCGGCCCGCAGGAAGGCUCGGAGGGGGGUGCCCCUUCUAGCUGCGGGCUUUCCCCCUGAGCCCCGGCCCCUCCCCCCGCCGCCCGGAGCCAUGGCCGCGGAGCCGGGGGCCUCCGCCCCUCGCGCCGAGCACUACCAGACCGAGAUCGCCAGGCUGACCAAGGAGCUGGCCGAGACCACUCACGAGAAGAUCCAGGCGGCCGAGUACGGCCUGGUGGUCCUGGAGGAGAAGCUCGCCCUGAAGCAGCAGUACGAUGAGCUCGAGGCCGACUACGAGGGCCUCAAGCAGGAGCUGGAGCAGCUGAGAGAGGCAUUCGGACAGUCGUUUUCCAUCCACCGCAAAGUGGCUGAGGAUGGAGAGACCCGUGAGGAAACGCUGCUGCAGGAGUCCGCUUCCAAGGAGGCGUACUACCUCGGGAAGAUCCUGGAAAUGCAGAACGAGCUGAAGCAGAGCCGCACUGUGGUCACCAACAUCCAGGCAGAGAACGAGAGACUCACAGCCAUCGUUCAGGAUCUGAAAGAGAAUAACGAAGUGUUGGAGCUGCAGAGAAUAAGAAUGAAGGAUGAGAUCCGCGAGUACAAGUUUCGAGAAACGCGCCUCCUUCAGGACUACACUGAACUGGAAGAGGAAAAUAUUACUUUACAGAAACUGGUGUCCACACUGAAACAGAACCAGGUGGAGUAUGAAGGCUUAAAGCACGAGAUUAAACGAUUUGAGGAAGAGAUGGUGUUGCUAAAUAGUCAGCUGGAAGAUGCCAUCCGGUUAAAAGAAAUUGCUGAGCGCCAAUUAGAAGAAGUCCUGGAGACGUUAAAAAACGAAAGAGAACAAAAGAACAACCUGAGGAAAGAACUCUCCCAGUAUAUCAAUCUCAAUGAAAGCGUGUACAAUAAUCACAUCAACAUUUCGGUGGAUGGACAAAAGUUUGCAGAGGAUGGGAGUGAACCAAACAAUGAUGACAAAAUGAAUGGGCACAUCCACGGGCCACUCGUGAAACUGAAUGGAGAUUAUCGGACUCCGGGAAGGAAAGGAGAAAGUCUGCACCCAGUCUCCGACUUGUUCAGUGAGCUUAACAUUUCAGAAAUGCAGAAGCUGAAGCAGCAGCUUAUGCAGGUAGAACGGGAAAAAGCCAUUCUUCUGGCCAAUCUCCAAGAGUCCCAAACGCAGUUGGAACAUACCAAGGGGGCACUGACAGAGCAACACGAGCGGGUCCAUAAACUCACCGAGCACGUCAAUGCCAUGAGGGGCUUGCAGAGCAACAAGGAGCUGAAGGCAGAGCUGGACUGCGAGAAGGGCAGGGACUCGGGCGAGGAAGCUCACGACUACGAAGUGGACAUCAACGGCUUAGAGAUCCUCGAAUGCAAAUAUAAGGUGGCUGUGACGGAGGUGAUCGACCUGAAAGCGGAAAUUAAGGCCUUGAAAGAGAAAUACAAUAAGUCUGUAGAAAACUACACCGAAGAGAAGGCCAAGUACGAGAGCAGGAUCCAAAUGUACGACGAGCAGGUCACCAACCUAGAGAAGACUUCCAAGGAAAGUGGCGAGAAAAUGGUCCACAUCGAGAAGGAGCUGCAGAAGAUGACAAGCAUCGCCAAUGAGAACCACAAUACCCUGAACACAGCCCAAGAUGAGCUGGUGACCUUCAGCGAAGAGUUAGCUCAACUCUACCACCACGUGUGUCUGUGCAAUAACGAGACUCCCAACAGGGUCAUGUUGGACUAUUACAGGCAAAGCCGGGUCACCCGCAGCGGAAGCCUGAAAGGACCCGACGAUCCCAGAGGACUUCUGUCCCCCCGCCUCACCCGGAGGAGUGUGGUGUCAUCGGUGGAAACGAGGGCCCAACCCGAAACCGCUUCGAAGGAAAGCCCGGAGGCGGGCAAAGAACAAAGCCCAACCAAGACGCCGACCAUCUCUCCGGUCAUUACUGCCCCUCCUUCAUCGCCAGUGUCAGACACCAGCGAUAUUCGAAAAGAGCCCAUGAAUAUCUACAACCUGAAUGCCAUCAUUAGGGACCAAAUCAAGCAUCUUCAGAAAGCUGUGGACCGGUCGUUACAGCUGUCGCGCCAACGGGCAGCUGCGCGCGAGCUGGCACCCAUGAUAGACAAAGACAAGGAAGCCUUAAUGGAAGAGAUUCUAAAAUUAAAGUCCCUGCUGAGUACAAAACGGGAGCAGAUUGCCACUCUGAGGGCAGUGCUGAAAGCCAACAAGCAGACAGCUGAGGUGGCGCUAGCUAAUCUGAAGAACAAAUAUGAAAACGAAAAGACGAUGGUGACUGAGACCAUGACAAAGCUUAGAAAUGAACUGAAGGCCUUGAAAGAAGACGCAGCAACUUUCUCAUCCCUGCGGGCCAUGUUUGCAACCAGAUGUGACGAAUACGUUACGCAGCUGGACGAGAUGCAAAGGCAGUUGGCGGCUGCGGAGGAUGAGAAGAAGACGCUCAAUUCCCUCUUACGGAUGGCUAUCCAGCAAAAGCUCGCCCUGACUCAGCGCCUGGAGGACUUAGAGUUUGACCACGAGCAGUCGCGAAGGAGCAAAGGCAAGCUUGGAAAGAACAAGAUCGGCAGCCCUAAAGUAAGUGGGGAGGCAUCAGCCACCGUGCCCACCAUAGACACUUUCUUCCUGCAUAGUCAGGGCCCACAGCCACCAAACAUACUGCUCAGCAGUGGCACUCAGAGGAAAAGACAAUUUUCACCUUCCCUUUGUGAUCAGAACCAUCCCAGGACUUCAGGGGCUUUCUACCAACAGCAUUUAUUAAGAGUCCCCCCUGAUCCCACCUCCACAGAAUCAUUUCUCCUGAGGGGCCCCCCUUCCCUGAGUGAAUUCCUCCAGGGGCACCGGCUCAGCAAGGAAAAAAGGUUAACUGUGGCACCACCAGAUUGUCAGCAGCCUGCUGCCUCCAUAUCGCCACAAUGCUCACAACUAGCCAGGAGGCAAGACGGCCCGACUGCCAGUCCUAAGGUCAUUCUCCCAGAAGAGCAGCCACAUUCCAGCUCUCAGUGUGCCCCUCUCAACUGUCUCUCUCAGCCGCCUCCUUAUCCCUAGUCUUCAUCUUCAAAGGAAGAAAACAUGGAAUGGAAUUUGUACAACCAUUAUGCAGGCUACUCCCCGGGAUCCAGCAGGCACUUCUGCCAAGUUAGUACAGGAAUAGAACUCGAUUCAUUUUUCCACUACUGGAAAUCGAGAGAAGGUUGAGAAGUCCAUCACAAGCACAGAGCCCAAUCUGACCGGACACUUGCUGGUUUCUCUGAUCACAUACAAACGUGGAUAAAGAAUGUCCAGUGAUAUGAACUUUUAAAAAAAGAAAGAAAGAAAGAAAACCCCAUUUCCAGAUCGUGGCUUUCUCUCUGAGAUUAGAGAUACUCAAACCAAUAUAAAAUAUACGCUAUAACACCCCACCAAAUCCUGUCUUCCCAUUCUGCCAUAGAAUUCUGCUUCCGAUAUUGUUUUUGGUCACUGGUAUUUAUUUAUUUUUAUUUUAUUUUAUUUAGACCACAGCUGGUGUUAGUCAGAUGUUCACCAUUUGUACAAAGGAUAUAUUUAAUUGGUUUAUGUUUAAGCGAGCAAAUUUAGCUGAAUGAAGUUUGGUCCACGGUUGACCGUUUUUAUUGCACAAUAAUAAAGAAUGUGGUUAGUUGGAAUGUUCACAUUAAUUUUGUAUUUGCACUGCUUGUUUUCAUGCUCUUAUUUUCUAGUUAUUCAUUAGCUCCUGAUUUCAUGCUCGUUUCCCAGUGAAAACGCAGUAUUAACCCUCAGAAAGAUCUUACUUCUGAUCAUUGACUUUUAUUCAACUGUUUGAUGACAUCCUUGUUUGUUUUAGGACUUCAGACAAGUAAAUGAACUGGUGCUGUUCCAUUUUUCUGUCUUUGCUCAUAAAGGAAGGCUAAACUACUUGACGUAAAACCACGUGUUCAUUUGGUUUUCUAUUUUCUCCAAAAUUCAGGGUCCUAGUACGAGGCUUGACCUGUGAAAAGAUGGCAGCAAAAGCUAUCCGUGUAGAAAGGGGGGUUUUCACAAGUGAGUUCACCUUCCUGGGGUGGAAGGUUUGGGGCGCAGUUGGUACGACAAGGAGGAUUUUUUCUGCAAAACUUCCUUGCCAAAAACAACAGAUACUAAACCUUAGUGCAUUGUCAGCCUCUGACAAAUACUCAGGUGCCUACGAUACACAGAUUAUCUUGGGUUGGUCCAGUGCUCCCAGUUAACAGAUUCUUUGGGAAAGCUUCCUAAAACAGUUAAUUUUCAUGGGAUGCCAAAAACAGCUGACUUGAUUUUGCACAAUAACCUGACAGACAAGGAAAAUAGCUAAUGGACUUGUCGUCCACCUACAAAGUGCUGCCCAUCCGUGGCUCUUAACCCUACUUCCUUGCUCUUAAUCAGGUGGCCUUAACUUACUGAGAGAAAACAAGGGUUUGAUGUUUUCAUGUGACACUCUCCAUGACUUCUCUACAAACGCUAUGCUCAAAAUCGCCACACUUAUAAGAGGAUCAUGGAUCUAGAGAUGGAAGGUACCUUGGAGAUCAUCUGGUCCAACUCCCUCAUUUUACACAUAAGAAGAUUCAGGCUCAGAGAGGUCAAGUGACUAGCCCGUGGACACACAGCUAGUCUAUGCCAGAGGCAGGUCAGGAGUGACCACAAGCCUAAUAGUACAGGGUCCCUGACUUAAGUGAUAUCAGUCAAGUUCGAUGGUCACUAAACUCCAAGGCGUUAAGAACAUUCUUCCAGAAAUGUGCACCUGUUCCACGCCAGUUAAGAAGCAGGAACCAUCACUUCCCCAACAAUGAAAGGAUCCCCUGUACGGGGGGCAUGUGCUGUAACAGUUCCACUUACCAAAUGCCACUGAGGUGAACAGUGAGAUUCUGCCCCGAAGCAGAUCUUCACGGUUUGGUUUGGAGAAAAUCAGAAAAUGAACCUUUGCCCAAGCGUGACCAUGAAGUACGACGACUUUCUCCUCUGUUUCUCAACCCAUUUCCAAGCUGUUCUUGUCUUGUUUGUACCAGAGCUUCCUGGUGCCCUGCAGAAGCAGCGCGUGCAUUUUAUUACGGGGCCGUCCGUAUUUGGUUUUUACAGAAGCGUGAUCGUGCUGUUUGAACCUGGGACCCAACAUAGCUGCUCUGUAGUUUUUUAAAUAAACACUCCUGUGCCUGAGGAAAGAUUUGCCUUUACAAAGGACCUCAGAACGCCUUCCUUCAUAGCCUCAGUCUUCUCCUCUGUGGUACUGGCAGGAAACACUGGUGGUCUAAACUGACGUGUGAACAUGUGUCAAGAACGAUCCGUUGCCUGACCAGAUGGAUGGCCCAGUGAAAAUCAGCAGAGAUCACAAAGUCCGUUUCUUCCCGCAAUCCAGAUGAAAGCAUAUUACUAACUCUGUAGCAAAAGCGUCGCUACUCAACGUUUCUGUUGCGUAUUGCCAAAAGAAACAAAGUUUGCUUUGAAGAAUUUCAGAAAUCCUCAUUUAAGCUAAAACGUGGAAACCUAGAAACAGAUGUCGAUGUCUCUCCGGAAAAGCAGUUGGUAUUCAUAGAACGACUGGCUCUUCACCAACACUUAGGACCGGUCCUCUUUAGAGCUGGUGCUCCAGCCCAGAAAGUGUGCGGGGCUUGUCGAAGGGGCCCCAGCCCCAGAAAAAGGCAGCAUCACAGUUGAAAAUAAGCCUUAAGAUUGUAAAACUGGUUACAGACAGCCAAAGCCUCAGGAAGAACAAAGCCACGUAGGGUGACGGACUGGAAGAAUAAAAAUAACGCAUGGCAGCAAAAAACAGGCAUCAACUACGGUAAAACUGAAGAGACUUAGAGAUGCAGUGGCUAAAGGCGAUGCAGCUUUGUUGCUGGUAUUUCAAGGAAGCACAAUGGUAGGGUCCAGUAAUAGGAGUACGUGAAGUAGGAAGGAAUUGUGAGAUAAUUGUUCAUUUACCAAACCACUGACUCUUUUGGUUGAGUUUGUUCUAGGCUCCUGCAACCAAGAAUAUAGCUCCAAGUGCUCCAGGAGAAAACUAAGAUGACUAAAUUAUUGAGAAAAGACCUAUUAAGGAAAGUUAAAUGAGGGAGGAGAAGACAGAAUCCUCCAGGAGAGGAAGAGUGAAACCAAGGGAACUAGCCGUUCUUUGUCCCUCAUCACGAAGAACUGAAGGGAGAAGAAACAAGAGGAUUGGAGAUUGAGGUUAGCUGGAAGGUUUAGGUUAGGUAAAAGAAAUCCUUUGCAAAUAGAUAUCGUAGUUGGAUGAACUGAUAUGGAAAUUUGUGGAAUCUCCUUUAGAGUAGAGACACGGUUGUUUGGUAUGAUUUAAAUACCUUAAGCUGUGCUAUCACACCCCAUAUUCCAUAAGCACACAAUUCUAUGAAAACCUGGAAGAAAGGGUUUAAAUUCUCAAAUUAGACGCAAAGACACGUAGUAAGCACUGAGAAGAAUUCGACAGAUGGAGCCUUUUCCAGCGUCCCUAACAAGAAUUUGCUUUUUCCAAAAGCAGAUAAGAGAGUUUCUUUCUACCAAGCAAUACCGUCUACUACCUUGUUGUAAUUGCUCAUCACACUGACAUCGACAGAUAAAAAGCAACCUGAUUAUGAAUGAGGAUGACAAAACGAAAAGGCUCAGUAAGAUUCAGAGCAUCAAUGGUGAACAUUCCCCUGGGAAAACCUCUCAACUCUGCCAUUUUCAGAGACGCGGUUGGAGCCUCCAGCCUGUAAACAGCUGGCUCCAUGGGAAUACAUGGCCUCUUCUCCAUGCAUGGGAAAAAGGCACCCAUUUGCAAACAUUAGGUUAACCUUGGCCACAGAAAGAUCAUGAUGACCAUCUGAAUCCAGUGACUCGUGGAAUAAAAGCGAACCAAAAGGAAAACGAGCAAGUGUGAGGACGAGGGAAGGGCAUCUUCUACUAGAGCACUAGUGGCAGUUUCCAUGUGUGGCUGCAUAAUUGUUCUCUGUUAACCACCCCAAACCAAUGGCUUGCAGAAAGACUUGGCAGGUGAAGCUUUUCUGGAUUUUGCAUUAGUUGAACCAUACACUUGUGUAACAUUUUAAAGGCACAAAUGUGCCAUUACUGCGGAUACAAAGGAGGGUUCCGUUUGAAGGAAACUUGGGGGGGGGGGGGAAGGAAAUCAGCAUUUUGGUUGUUGUCGUUUAUAACCAAAGGACAAGUCGAACUAAGUGCUGUUUAAAUAUGUUCGAAAGAAACAGAGGGAAAAAAUCACCUCUUCAGAAGGCUGCUGACAUAAGAAGAUGAACAGAGUCCUCAGUCCCUUUUUCUCUGUUAACUGGAAUUUCACUCGUCACUUUGUGUCCAGGAUAAAUCCAUCUCUCUCCUCCAAAUGCUCCCUGAAAAAGAUGGGGACCCUGAAAGCUGGAGAGGUGCAGUCAACGGCACUUCAAACAUCAGAGCUGCCAUUUGGUUAGCUGGACUUUCUUCCUCCGCUCCACAUAGCUCGACCAGUGCUCCAAAAUGUUUUUCCAUUGAUAAUUUGUCCUUUCUAUUUUAGUAAAGAAGCCAUUUUUAAAAUCCCACCUUCCUUAGCCAAGGGUACAGACACAUAUCAAUAUGCAAUAGCAAAAGUUUGCAUGAGAUUUGUUUUUGUCAUUCUCAUAAUCAUCCUAUAAGUGCUUUCGGGCUCUUAUCUCUCCCCCGAGUCUCCAUCAGGAAUGGAUAACACGUACGUGUCCUCCUUUCCACAGUGAAAUGCAUGGCUUUCGUCCUCGGUUCAUUUAAAGCUCUUCCCUGUGGAGUUGCUGAAAAUGUAUCUUCUCAGACUAAAGACUAGAUAAAGUGCUGGGCCAGAUCACUUUUUGCGUGAUUGGUGGCUAUUUGCUGGCUGCUAACAUUGAUUUUGAAUGAACGUUUUUGGGGAUUAUCUGUUCGUCAUUGUUUUGUAAUGCAACUUUAGAAAGGUCAUCUCUAGUUCUCCCUCUGAAGGUGUGACUUUUGAAAGCGAUGAUUAUAUGAAACAUUUGACACCAUAGAACCAAGGAGGUGAGGAAAACAUCAGCCAACCAACCAACCAAUCUUCCAGAAGAACCAUUCUUUGUUUAUGGUUAGUGAUCUAAAUAAAGAAGCUAACCAACAAGGAUCAUUCUACUCUUGGUUCCCAGUUAGGUUGCAAACUCGACCUCUGGGGAAAUAACUUACCUGUGAACUAUGACCACAAAUGGCGAACAUAAUUUGACCAUCAGUCCAUUUAUUGAUGCUUUGAAAAUCCCUUUGAUGACAUUUUGUGAUCUGUUGUGCUCUUAGUGCAUGAUGCUACAUAUAUGGCGAGCCACUUGAGAUUCGGAUGCCAUCUUUCUUUACAGUAUUAACACUGGGGCGAUUUGUGGCGAACCGGGUUUGGGCCCUGUGUGUGUAAUGAUUGCUCUCAAUGCUUUAACUACUCAUAUCUUUUCAUGGAAGAUUGGUUGUUCUCCUCAUUCAGAGUUCAAUGCUGUGGAACUUUUCUAGAUGCUAAUAAUCCCGUGUGCCGUUUGAGCUCCAAAUUGAUCUCGAAAAUUCUUCUUUUGUUACGUAUUGUUUUACAGCUCAUGUCAAAUGACCCUUGCCAUCCAGUAUGUACAGAUUUGUUUAAAAUGAGAACAUAUUUUUCAUGCAAAUUGAUCAUCCUUUGUCUUAUUUCCUCGACUGUGGACAAUCCUAGCUGAAUGUCUUGAGAAGGGUUCAUACAAUACGUGCUUGUAUUUGUGUGGUUCUUGCAUUGAAAUGGUUGGAAAAGCCACUUCAGAGCCAAGAAAAGAACAGGAAGUUAUGCUAUUGAUUCUUCCCUCUUUGUUUCUGUUACCAAUUGAAUGCGGUGUAACAUAGAUAGCUCUUCCAACAGUAAAUAAACUGGUUAUCUUUUGUUC